AUGUCUUGUUCUGACAAAACGACGGUGGAUCCACUUUUGAGAGAUUUAAAUGAGAAGAAAGAGAGUUUCCGGCGGAAUGUGGUGUCUUUGGCGACGGAGCUGAAGCAAGUGAGGGGUCGUUUGGUUUCUCAAGAACAGUCCUUUCUUAAAGAAACCAUAACUAGAAAAGAAGCAGAUAAAAGGGGGAAGAACAUGGAAAUGGAGAUGUCUAAAUUGCAGAAGAGAUUGGAAGAAAGGAAUUGUCAGCUUGAAGCUUCUGCAUCUGCUGCUGACAAGUUUAUCAAAGAGUUGGAGGAAUUUAGAUCAAAGCUUGACGCAACCAAGCAAACUGCAGAGGCUAGUGCUGAUUCUGCUCAAUCUACACAUAUCCAAUGCUCAAUGCUAAAAAAACAACUUGACGACAAAACACGUUCUCUUAGAGAACACGAAGACCGUGUAACUCAGCUCAGUCAUCAGCUUGAUGAUCUACAGAGAGAUUUAAGCCUAAGAGAGUGCUCAGAAAAUCAACUUAGAUACGAAGUUAUGAGAAUCGAGCGUGAGGUUAGAGAGACCAUUGCAAAGGCUGGGAUAGGUGGCAUAGACUGCGAGCUCCGGAAACUUAUAGAAGAUAUCUCUCCAAUGAAAUUCGAGACGAUGAAUAGACGAGUUGAGGUAAAAGACGGAGAGAUUACAAAACUGAAAGAUGAGAUAAGGCUAAUGUCAGGUCACUGGAAACAUAAGACUAAGGAACUCGAAUCUCAGCUGGAGAAACAGAGAAGAACUGAUCAAGAUUUGAAGAAGAAAGUACUGAAACUAGAGUUCUGUCUACAAGAAACACGAAGCCAGACAAGAAAGCUGCAGAGGAGAGGAGAGAGAAGGGACAUGGAGAUCAAAGAGAUAAGGGAUCUGAUGUCGGAGAAACAAGAGCUUAAUGAGUCUUGGGAUAAACAGAAGUUCUGGGACAAUCCAGGGUUCAAGAUCGUUGUAUCAAUGUCUAUGUUGGAGAUGAUUUUGUCUUUUUUUGGUAUUGUAUAAAUUUAUUUAGUUGGAGAUAGUUGAUGAAAAUUUAACUUUUGUCU